AAAGAACGCGCCUCGAGGCGUGCCUAGGGCGCCCUUGAGGCUGGGCGGAGAGGCAAACGCCUCAGUUUUGCUGGAGUAGGCGAAAUGCUUCGCCGGAGACGCCGAGGCGGCGGAGGCGCGCCUCAAGGCGUCUGGACGUUUUUUUUUUUUUUUUUUUUUUUUUUUUUUUUAAAAACUAUCAAAACCCAAAACGACGUCGUUUGGGUAAGAUUUUCAGUCUUCAUCACCCACCAUACCUUCGAAUUCGACCCCUGCCUCUGCCUUUUGCCUUCUGCGACUCUGCCUUGCUUCUUCUGCGACCCCUGAUUUUCAGUCUUCAUCACGCCGCCAUCACCCCGCCGCCACGCCGCCAUCACCCCGCCGCUGUCACCUCAGCGCCAUCAGCCCAGCCCCAGCGCCGUCAACAAGAUCCCAAAGGGUAUUGAAGAAUAUGGCUUCUUCUUCUAAGAAAGAUUUUGCUUGGCAAUGGACAAAAGAUUUGGAUCCUAUCACUAAGCACUUCUAUUGUGUUUUUUGUAACCACAAAUGCACGAGUUCAAUUUCUAGAUUCAAACAUCACUUGGGUGGUGUAAGUUCGGGAGGAAUGAUAAGUUGUAAAAAAGUCCCACCCAAUGUGAAAGAAGAAUGUUUUGCUAAUGUCAUGGGAACUAAAGAAAAGAGGAAAGCUAGUCAUGAGUUGUAUCGUGGUGGUGAAGAAAGUGAAAGUGUCGAUAUGGGCACAACAAGGACAGCAUAUGUAAGUAGUGGGAGUGGGAGUGCGAGUGCCACACAUUCACAACAAAUCGGUUCUUUGCUACCACCUAGGUCAAGGGGACCACUUGAUAGGUAUGUUACAUCGGAAGCUCGUCAAACCACUUUGAAUACAGCUUUCAAAAAAGAGGAAAGAAGACAAGCAUCCCGAGCACUUGCUCGAUGGUUCUACACUAGUGCCAUUCCAUUCAAUGCGGCAAACAAUGAAUAUUAUGUUAAUGCAAUGAAAUUGGUGUCCAAUUUUGGUCCCGGCUUUGAUGCUCCUACAAGCCAUGAAUAUAGAACUUGGAUGCUUAAAGAAGAAGUUGAUGAUGUACAAAGUAUGAUGAAAGAACAUCAAAAGGCUUGGAAGAGAUAUGGAUGCACUAUUAUGUCGGAUGGAUGGUCGGAUGGCAAAAGUAGAUGUUUAAUCAACUUUCUUGUCAAUAGCCCUCAAGGUACUUAGU